AUGUUGGGCUGGAUCCAGAAGGUGCUGCCUCAGCCCCCAGCGACCCCUCAGAAGACCAAGAUGGAGCAGGAGGAGGGGGGAGACCCACAGUCAGAGCUGGAGCUAGAGACGGGGCUAGAACCAGAGCCGGAGCCUGAAACGGCCCCUGAGGAGGCUGAGCUAGGGGACGAGUCUCUGGCACCUGAGGAGCCAUCCAAGGGGCAGGAAGUGGCUGUGGCAGACCCUAGCCCUCAGGAAACCCAGGAGGCUGCCCCUGCUCUGCCCACGUCCCUCCAGGGCCAGGUUGCUGUGGUUCCCGAAGUGAACAGUCCCAGUGGCAGGGUGCUGACCUGGCUCAGGAAGGGCGUGGAGAAGGUGGUCCCGCAGCCAGUCAACAGUGGCGGGCCAGCCCAGAACACUGCUGCUGGCGUGGAGGGCCCGGCUCAGGCGGGAGCACAGAUCCUUGGGCACUGCAGCGCUGGGGGCUCAGAUGGACCCAAUGAAGCCCCCAGGGCCCAGGACACGGGGCCCAGGCCCUGGCUGCUCAGGUGGUUCCAGCAGAAUCUGGACAGAGUACUGCCUCAGCCCCCGAAAACCUCCGAGGGCUGGAGAGAUGAGCCUGCGGAUGCCGCCUUGGGCCCAGAGCCCCCAGGACCACCCUUGGAAACGGAGCCCAGGCUGCAGGCCCUGGAGAGCCCCUCCCUGCCCACUCCUGGCCCCCCGCAGCCCGAGGAGGAGCCGACUCCAGAGCCCCAGCCCGGCCUCCAGGCCUCCUCCCUGUCGCCCCCCGGGGACUCUGCCAGGUUGGUGCUGUGGCUCCUGCACAGGCUGGAGAAGGCGCUGCCUCAGCCAGUGCUCCAUGCAAAGGCUGGGGAGCAGAGCGAGGGGAGCAGAGGGCGGCUUCUAAGGCAGGAGAGGAGCAGGGAAGAGGGGAGCCUGCUGCAGCAGGAUCUCUGCAGGCGUCCUGGUAGGAGUGAGGACAACCCUCGUGCUCCUGCGGUGCCGGAAGGGGUGGUUGAAGCAGGGAGGCGGGCAGGAGGCCAUGGCAAUUCUUCCCCCUUUCUCCCCAUGCAGGAGCUUGACUGCCCUGUGACGUGUGACGUGCAGACCAUCAGCAUCCUUCCCAGAGAGCGAGAGGAGGCGGAUCUCGUCCUAGAAGAGGUUGACCCUCACCGGGAGGAGGACGAGCAUCAGGACGGCAGCACCAGCUCGCAGGGCUCAGAGGAAGCUCCAGCUUGUGAAGAGGAGAAUGAGGCCGAGUUGAUGCCCAGGGAGCUGCCCUGGAUUCAAGAGGAGAAAGAAGAUGAGGAGGAAGCAGAAGAGGAGGAGGAGGAGGAGCCUGAAGCCUGGAUAGUGCCUGCUCCCCACAGAGCCUGGCACUCAGCAGUGUUCAGGAAAUGUUUAACACCGCUAACCCCAGCUCUUUCCUCCUCCCCCUCCGGUCACAGUGUCCUGCUGGAUAGCUAUCUGGCGGCACAGGGUGGUGAGGACCCAAGCAGAGUAGACGUGACUGAGCACCAGAGGGCCUCACCCCAGGACCCGCAGGAGGAGGCUGUGGCCACCGACUCAGGAGUGCCUGCCACAGAAGAGCACCCAGAAGUGCAGGUGGAAGAUGCUGAUGCUGACAGCCACCCCCUCACCGUGGAGGAGAGUCCACCCUCGCCUGUGCUGCCACCACCUUCUCCUGCCAAGUCUGACACCCUCACAGUCCCAGGCUCGGCCGCAGGCAACCACAGGAAGAGGCUGCCCUCCCAAGAUGAUGAGGCCGAAGAGCUCAAGGUGCUGUUGCCAGCUGAGUCCCCCGUGGUUGCCUGGUCGGACCACCCCACCCCGCAGGGCACUGAUGACCAGGACCGCGCGGCCUCCGCUGCCAGCCAGAACAGCGCCAUCAUCAACGACCGGCUGCAGGAGCUGGUGAAGCUUUUCAAGGAGCGGACAGAGAAGGUGAAGGAAAAACUCAUCGACCCCGACGUCACCUCCGAUGAGGAGAGCCCCAAGCCCUCUCCAGCCAAGAAACCCCCAGAGCCAGCCCCUGACACGAAGCCGGCUGAGGCAGGGCAGGAGGAGGAGGGGCACUACUGCGACAUGCUCUGCUGCAAGUUCAAACGCCGCCCCUGGAAGAAGUACCAGUUUCCCCAGAGCAUUGACCCGCUGACCAACCUGAUGUACAUCCUGUGGCUGUUCUUCGUGGUGCUGGCCUGGAAUUGGAACUGCUGGCUGAUUCCCGUGCGCUGGGCCUUCCCCUACCAGACCCCGGACAACAUCCACCUCUGGCUGCUGCUGGAUUACCUGUGCGACCUCGUCUACCUCCUGGACAUCACCGUGUUCCAGCUGCGCCUGCAGUUUGUCAGAGGAGGGGACAUCAUUACGGACAAAAAGGAGAUGCGGGAUAACUACCUGAAGUCUCGCCGCUUUAAGAUGGACGUGCUCUGCCUCCUGCCCCUGGACUUGCUCUACUUGAAAUUCGGAGUGAACCCCCUCCUGCGUUUGCCCCGCUGCUUGAAAUACAUGGCCUUCUUCGAGUUUAACAACCGCCUGGAAUCCAUCCUCAGCAAAGCCUACGUUUACAGGGUCAUCAGGACCACGGCCUACCUGCUCUACAGUUUGCACGUGAACUCGUGUCUGUAUUACUGGGCAUCAGCCUAUCAGGGCAUCGGCUCCACUCACUGGGUUUACGAUGGCGUGGGAAACAGUUACAUUCGCUGCUACUACUGGGCUGUGAAGACUCUCAUCACCAUUGGCGGGCUGCCCGACCCCCAGACGCUCUUUGAAAUUGUCUUCCAGCUGCUGAACUAUUUCACGGGCGUCUUCGCUUUCUCCGUGAUGAUCGGACAGAUGAGAGACGUGGUGGGGGCCGCCACGGCGGGGCAGACCUACUACCGCAGCUGCAUGGACAGCACGGUGAAGUACAUGAACUUCUACAAGAUCCCCCGGGCCGUGCAGAGCCGCGUCAAGACCUGGUACGAGUACACCUGGCACUCCCAAGGCAUGUUGGACGAGUCAGAGCUGAUGGUGCAGCUUCCAGACAAGAUGAGGCUGGACCUGGCCAUCGACGUGAACUACAACAUCGUCAGCAAAGUGGCACUCUUCCAGGGCUGUGACCGACAGAUGAUCUUCGACAUGCUGAAGAGGCUUCGCUCCGUGGUCUACCUGCCCAACGACUACGUGUGCAAGAAGGGGGAGAUAGGCCGAGAGAUGUACAUCAUCCAGGCAGGGCAGGUGCAGGUCCUGGGUGGUCCCGACGGGAAGUCUGUGCUGGUGACGCUGAGAGCUGGAUCUGUGUUUGGAGAAAUAAGCUUGCUGGCUGUCGGGGGCGGGAAUCGGCGCACAGCCAACGUGGUGGCCCACGGGUUCACCAACCUCUUCAUUCUGGAUAAGAAGGACCUCAAUGAGAUCUUGGUGCAUUAUCCUGAGUCCCAGAAGUUGCUCCGGAAGAAGGCCAGGCGCAUGCUGAGAAAUAACAACAAGCCCAAGGAGCAGAAGAGCGUGCUCAUCCUUCCUCCCCGGGCGGGCACCCCCAAGCUCUUCAAUGCCGCCCUGGCCGCAGCGGGAAAGCUGGGCGCCAAGGGGGCAAAAGGCGGCAAGCUGGCCCACCUCCGGGCCCGACUCAAAGAACUGGCUGCGCUGGAGGCGGCUGCGAGGCAGCAGCAGCUGUUGGAACAGGCCCAGAGAUCGGGAGACGCCGCGGGAGAGGCGGGCUCGGCCGCGCAGGUGCAACCCUCGGCCCCGGCGGAGACCGCCCCGGAGGGCCCGGCCGCGCGCUCUCCGCCACCUGCCUCCCCUGCGAGACUCGAGGGAGGCGGGGAGGGGGCGGCCGAGCCCGAGCAGCACUCGGUGCGGAUCCGCAUGAGCCCGGGCCCGGACCCCGGCGAACAGAUCUUGUCGGUGGAGAUGCCCGAGGAGAAGGAGGAGACGGAGUGAGGCGGCCGCCCGCGCGCCCCGCGCCCCGCGCCCCCGGCACCGCGCGCUCCUCUCCCCGGGCCGGGACGCUGCUCCGCGGUAGUGGCCUCAGGCGCUCUCCUUGACCUCCGCGCCAACAUUCCCGCCCGGACAUCAGCUUCUCGCAGGGCUGGUCUUGAAACCAACAAAUUUCAUAAAGUGUUCGUGUCCCUAAGCUCCCACUGUCACUUGAGAGCCCUGCCUUCCCCCGACUGUUGUUAUUUUUAAGAACAAAACUCUUCUCUAUUUUGAAAGUUCACAGGCAGCGGACAGAAUGGGGCUCCAAGACAUGGGAAGAGAAGUAAAGGGUUAUGGAAUGUUUGGGGUUUUCCCUCAAGGAUUUGACUCCCACAUUUCAAGGACGGAAAACAUUUCGGCAGAGAAGAGGGCAGUCGUGCUGUUCGUUUGACUAAGCGAACAUUAUGGCGCGUCUGACCCACGUGCGAUGCUAUUUUUCUUUGCUGGGCGGUUGCAUUAGCAACGUGAUGCUCGUUCAGGUAGUUAGCGCUUGUCUUCCCCAGACUAUUCACUUGUGAGUGAUACCGUUAUCUCAGAACAGGUAAAAUGGAAGUGGACUUAUUGGGCAGGUGCUGGGAACGCUUCUGAGCAUCCGCUCUGCUGGCCACUCAUUUCUCCUCAGCAGGGAUCAAUCUGUUACUUGCUUUUGACACCUUUGCUAUAGAGAUGAUGGCAGCGACUUCCAUUAAUCCUAGAAGAUGAAAUCUCACAGCCCACGCCACUGAAGUUCCUGAGAUUUCUCCAGAUCAAGUCGUGUUGCUUUUAUAGUUUAAAAAAAAAAAAAAAAGAAAAGAAAAAGAAUCAUUCAGUCAAUGAAUAUUUAUUAAGAGGAUUUUAUUUGCAUACUGAAUGGCUCUUGGGGGAGCUGGUGAUGAAAAAUGAAAACUAGCAUUGGGCCAUGUGUUUCCACCAGCAACCAUGAACACAAAAAGCCUGGACUUCCAAAUAGAUACUGCCCAUUUUAUAUACAAUUACAGGAACCUUGUGAACUGCUGAAGGGGCCUUUGGGGGGCUGCAAAUGUGUGUUUUAAUCCAUCGAAUGAAAAGUAGAACCUUCAUUUCCCCUGCGAAAAAUUAAACAAUGUGGGAGUUCCCAGGCUGGUCUAAGCGUUUCCAAACCCCAGGGUGACAAACAGAUUCAUCCAGCCAAUGACAUAUCAUGUGAUGUGAGUGAUCAUCACAUUGGCUAUAAUGAUGAGCGACAUUAUUAUUUUACCCUUUUAAAAAAUUUUUAUUAAUUAGUUUUAAUAGGUAAUAACACAUUUACAUGUGUACAAAAGGAUACUCAGUAGAAGUUCUCCCCUUACCCCAACCUCCCUGGUCCCCUUCCUGCAAGCAACCACUAUUGUCAGUUUCUUGUGUAUCCUUUCAGAGAUAUUUUUAAGCUGACACAAGGAAAUAGGUAAAUUCAUUCUUGUUUUCUUCCUUUUUUUUUUUCUUAAAUACGACUGGGAAUGUACUAGAGCCGCUGUUAUUUUUCACUUGAUUUAUUUUGGGAAUUGCUCCUUAUGAGCACAUUAAGGACAUGCUUAUUUUUGUGUGACUGCAAUUUAGUCCAUGGUAUGCAUAUAAUAUAACAUUUAACCGUUCUCCCACUGAUGGGCAUUUGCGUUGUGUUCCAAUCUUAUGCUGGUAAAAAUAAUGCUGUAAUAAAUAGUGUCGUAUAGACAUAAUUUCACUGGUAAACACUGAUUUAAAUAGGGAAGGUCUGGGGGUUUGGCUAAUUUUUUUCUUUACCAUCCCCAUUUAUCAUCCCCGUAUUUGCACUACGUAUUCUAAGAUCCAAGCAUAGAAAAUGCUUCUGUCUUUAGCAAGUAUUUCACAUAUAUCAGUAAAGUAAACGGAUUGCCCUUCAGUAGAUGGCAGAAUGGUUUAAGGACAACUUCACUGUGAGAUCCUAUUUUAUAAGGAAUCUUUUUUUAUAUGAAUGUACUUAUUCUUUUAGAUAUCAACCCUGGAAUGAAUACUGCUUAUUAUAUAAGGCAAGAGAUUCUUGAGGUUCCCAAGAAUUGUCCUGGAAAGAAAAUUGCUUUUGAAAUGAGAUGAGCGGUGUCUUAAAUUCACUGAGAAAUCUCAGAAAACUUGACAUUUUCACAAAAUUUGGAUAUUCAAUUAAUUGAAUUUGAGGCUGGCAUGAUUCUCCAAAUAGACUUGGACUGGUUGAUAGCCAAGGCAUGGAUGGUACCACUCAGGAAUACUGUCAUUCUGCAUCUGAAACAGAAUCCUUAAUUGAUGUAUGUUGAAUCUCUACUAAUUUAAUAUGUCUCAACAUUUCCUGCAUUUUGGUAGAAAAUGAAUAGCAAGUUAUUUUUUUAAUUACAUAAAUAUUUUAAAGAAAAUGAAAACCAAGAAGCUGUUUAAAACUUCAUUAUCAAGAUGUAUUCAGCUACCUGGAAUAUUUUCAUCUGUUUUCUUAGUGAACAUGAACACUGCAUUUACAGUCUGGCAUUCAUCCUAUUACAAUGCAUUUUAAUUAAAGUAUUUAGACAAAUGUU